AUGUCUAGCUCAACUUCGGCCUCCUGCCAAUCAUGGCCGCACUACGGUCCAGUGUUGUUGACAAGAUGCCCCGAUUGCCCGCGCAUGGAGCCUCUGAAGCGUUUGACUUGUGUGAAGAAGGAAAAUGGCAACCGUGGGCGCGAGUUCGUCAAAUUCUUGAGCAAGCCACAACCAGGGCAGGUUCUGAAGUAUUGUGGACAUUUCGAGUGGCUCGAUGAGUACGUUGAGAGGUUGAAAUUGGAGGCUUCAACACAAGAGCUCAAUUUCAAUUUUGGGGGGCAGCUUGGUGUCGAACACGCCUCACAUUUGAUGGACAGAGCCGAUGCGAUGAUGGACAGUGCUGAAGUGAAGUGUGAAUUGAAGAAAACGGGCAAGCAACUAAAGCAGCUGAUCGAUUUGAAGCAGCAAGCAAAUAUGAUGGCUGGAGCAUUUUAUUGUUGUGUCAUUGCUAUGAGUUUCUUUUACUUGAUGUUCAUCAAUCACUAG